AAUAAUAAUAAUAAUAAUAUAGUUUUCACCCAUAAGAUCACUGUACAUCUCUCUGCUUUACUAUAGUCACUGCUUUCCAUUGGCCCAUUUAAAGAUUGAGUAACACCACAUCUUAUACUGUAGGUUGGGAUUGUUGCUUGUAAGUACCCCAGUGGUAGAUGGUGGAAGUGCCACAAUGACACUGAUGAAGGUAAUCUAUUUGGUGUUUAUGUUCCUUUCUUAUUUCUGACCUGUUGGAAGGGGAUUCCUCUCUCUGAGACCCUUUUAAAAGUUACUCCUUUUUUCAUUAUGUUUCUGUGCUUGCUGUCAUUAAAAAUCUUUGUCUGGGAUGUGUUGUUUUCAUUUCCUUCAGUUAGUGGGUGAGUGUAGUCCUUGGAGGCUGUGAUUAAGGGCUAUACAAGUAAACUUUACUGGACAACCUCCAGGCCAGACUACUCCUCUAAAUAUAAAAGUGUGAGCUAAAUUAUUGAAAAACAGGUUGGUGACGAAAUCAUCAUAUCCUGUUAAUCAACUGAAGAUUGCAUUUGAAGGAUUUUUUUCCCCCUCAAAAAUCCUGUCGAGCCAUGGAGUCUGAUAAACUAUAGAAAAUCCACAGAUGACUGCUGCUUUCUCCUGGCAAAAUCGGAUUUUUCUGUCUCACUAAUCCCUUGUCACAAUCUGCAUCCUGUAUAUCUCUCUCACUCUCCCUCUGUCUCUUUCUCUCCCUCUUUCUAUGUGUGUGACUGUGUGUGUGUGUGUGUGUGUGUGUGUGUGUGUGUGUGUGUGUGUGCAACAGACAGUCCGUCCCAUUCAGUCAGGCCAGGCCACUCUUGAUUGGGGACAUACAUCCUUGCCUGCCUGAUCUCGAACACUAAACCAGACCUGGAUCAGCGGUGAUUACAAGCAGGUGCACAGAUGACUGACGCAGAGGAGGGUUGAGAGGGACGUGAGGAAAGUUUGGAUGGUCCAUGCAAUGCGGCGACAAGCAUCAUGUCCUUAAUGAAAAGCGCACCUGUGUUGCCUUCACUCCGAGGUCUACUGGCCAGCAGCCCGGCUCUGUGCUGGCACAACUGGGCGAAUCCCACUCUGAUCUGACCGCCUGCUGGGCUUGGAAGUGGAUGGAAAUCUCCAAGGCGUGAAAAUGCGGUUGUGGUGGAUUUUACUGUUUGGUUUUUGGAGUGUCUGUGGGGAACUGCCAUUCAUAGCGGAGAACAACGCAGCUAUGUUGGUCAACUGGAAUGCUGUUGACGGGAACAAAAAGCUGUACGCCAUCUAUGAUACGAGCGUCAACGAACCUGGGAACAUGUCUUACGUCAAAGAGACUGUGGAUAAACUGUUGAAAGGAUAUGAUAUUCGUCUUCGGCCAGACUUUGGAGGUCCACCGGUUGCUGUUGGCAUGAGUAUAGACGUGGCCAGUAUAGACAUGGUGUCAGAAGUCAAUAUGGACUACACGUUGACUAUGUACUUCCAGCAGUAUUGGAGAGAUAAGAGACUGGCCUAUACAGGGAUCCCUCUUAACCUGACACUGGACAACAGAGUAGCAGACCAGCUCUGGGUCCCAGACACCUACUUCCUCAAUGACAAGAAGUCUUUUGUUCACGGUGUCACAGUUAAGAACCGUAUGAUUCGACUACACCCAGACGGCACUGUUCUCUACGGCCUCAGAAUCACGACGACAGCAGCCUGCAUGAUGGAUCUGAGGAGAUACCCACUGGACGAACAGAACUGCACUCUGGAAAUUGAGAGUUAUGGUUACACAACAGAUGAUAUAGAGUUCUAUUGGAAAGGAGGAGACACUGCUGUGACGGGGGUGACACGAAUUGAGCUCCCUCAGUUCUCCAUAGUCGACUACAAACUGGUUUCCAGGAACGUGGUCUUUUCAACAGGUGCCUACCCUCGACUGUCUCUGAGCUUCAAGCUGAAACGAAACAUCGGAUACUUCAUCCUGCAGACAUACAUGCCCUCCAUCCUCAUCACCAUCCUAUCCUGGGUGUCCUUUUGGAUAAAUUAUGAUGCCUCGGCUGCCAGAGUUGCAUUAGGGAUCACCACUGUCCUGACCAUGACAACCAUUAACACCCAUUUAAGAGAGACUCUGCCCAAGAUCCCCUACGUCAAAGCUAUAGACAUGUACCUGAUGGGCUGCUUUGUGUUUGUCUUCCUGGCUCUGCUGGAAUAUGCCUUCGUCAACUACAUCUUCUUUGGAAGAGGUCCUCAGAUGCAGAAGAAACUCGCUGAGAAAGCACAGAAGGCAAAUAAUGACCGGGAAAAUUUUGAUAGACCCAAGUCCGUACUGGAAGGAGGCAAUUGCAAGUCUUCGUCUAUUAAACAGUCCAAUCAGGUACAAGGGCGCCGUCACUCACGAAGGGUCGACUCCCAGGGGAACAUUUUGCUGACAACCUUGGAGAUCCACAACGAGGUGGGAGGGAACGAGAUCACAACCACCGUGAGCGAGACCCACAACUCCUCCUCCAUGGUGUUCGACAACUCGGGGGUCCAGUACAGGAAGCCGAGCACGGCGCGAGAGCCGGGCCGCCUCAGCAUGGACAGGAACGCACAUUUUAAGAAAACCCGUCUGCGGAGACGAUCCUCACAGCUCAAAAUCAAAAUCCCAGACCUCACCGAUGUGAACGCCAUCGACAGAUGGUCACGGAUAAUAUUCCCCUUCAGCUUCUCCCUGUUCAACUUGAUCUACUGGCUUUACUACGUCAAUUAAUGCUUUUUAUGAUGUUUUUUAAGCCCAUUUCUGUUUUUGUUCUUGAACACUUCUCUAUGUAAGGAACAUAAUAUGGUAAAACCCUUAUGAACUUUUUUUUAUCAUAGCGAGUGAAGACUUUCAUGAGAGAACUGUCACUUAGGCAGUGUGCAAGGAAACUACAGAACAUGUAUUUUACAAAGACUGUACUCAUGUACUGUAAAUUACUCUCUGCUCUGACCCCUGUGAGGAGACACUGAAUCUCAUUAUGGGUAGAGGACACUGCUCUGGGUCAGUUAUUACAACUGUACCUAUACUUUCCAAUAAAAUGUGGUCACAACAUAUUGCUAAUGACAAGACAUCUGACAGAGAUUCAUAGUAUUAUUACAUCUCUAGUUAAUUAGCUCUUUCAGGAAAUGAAAACAGACUUAAAGGAAUAGUUUAGUCUUUUGAGAAAUACUCUUAUUUGCCUUCUUGUCGAGAGUAAGACGAGAACAUUGAUACCACUCUCACAUUUGCUGCAGCCAGUUAGCUUAGCAUAAAGACUGGAAGCUGGGAGAAACAGCUAAGCGUAUUUCCUAAAAUCUCAAACUAUUCCUUUAAUUUGCCUUGGAGCUGAUGCCACCAACUGUUCACUGGUUGUUUUGAAGUGGACGCUGGAACUGCUGUGACCUUGCUCUAUGACUAACAGGGGAUUUAACACUGUGUAAGGAUGUCAGAACGUAACACUGAUUUUAAAGCGCGGUUUUUAUUAACAGGAGGGAGGCUGAUGGAAUACCAGCAUUUUAUAAAACUCUCAUUCUGUCAUUCACUGCCUUUAUUUAAGGAACAUUUUGGGAAGUAAGUUAUUUGUUUUUUAGAUUUAGAUGAGAAGAUCAAUAACACUCAGUCAGUUAGCUUAGCCUAGCAUAAAAGACUGGAAACGGGGGGUAACCAGCGCCUGCCUCUCUCCAAAGGUGAAAAUCAUCUCUUUACCAGCCCCUCUAAACUCAAUAAUUAACUUGUUUAAUCCCAUUUUUUUUAAUCCUUGCAUGAACAGACAUGUAAAUUACGUGCCGUAACUAUUUCUCGGGACUCCACAAUUUUUACAAUUUUACAUUUUUGUGUGUGUACAGAGUAAACAAGACUCUAUGUGUUAUUAAUGAGCUUUAGAGGUGCUGGAUGGUGAAUUUUGUGAACUUUGGACAAAGCCAUGCGAGCUGUUUCCCUGUUUCUAAUCUUUAUGCUAAGCUAGGCUAAAUGACUGCUGAUGAGCUUCAUAUUUAGCAUCCAGACAUGAGAGUGAUAUCAAUCUUCAUCUCACUCUCAGUAAGAAAGUAAGUGUUCUCAAAAUAUUAAACUAUUUCUUUAACAUUUCUAAAUUACACAUUUGCUAUUUCUUUACAGUAUUCAAAAAGCAUGCUUUAUACCCAACAACAAUUUGGACCAUUUGUGUUACAUAACAGUGUAAAAAAAAAAAACCUCCCAGGCUUUUACAGUAAAGAAACAUGUACAAUAUCUGAUCAGUUCACACUAUUUCACUCUUGUCAUUGUGCUUUCAGGACUGCUGUCACAAUAUUUUAUUGAUUUUGUGAAACACGUAUUUAGUACAGCAUAAUUCACAUGGCCUUUGUUCUUUCAGACUGCAUGUUGUAUUGAGGACUGAGUGCAGACAUGUCAACCUUCACAUUCAGAUUUGUUGCUUCUCCAUGAAAUUUAAUGUACAUACUGUAACUCUGAUCAUUUUAUUUCAGUUCACAUUAAUUACAUGGCUUUGUUGUCAACAGUGUUUUGCGCAGUGAUUUCUGGCCUCACUGUUCUGUUUUGUUAGUCUUUACACAACAUUAUAAUUUCCUAUUUGUGUUGUAAAUAUAAAACACAUUGUUGCA